GGUCAUUCUGUCUCUGUUUCCCCCCACGUCUCCUCACACGACUUCCAAACAACGAAUUUAUUCCAUUCGUCUACCUAUUCAAAAGGAUUCAGAUGAUCGAACGUGUCGGUCGUCUCUACAGUCGAUCACUCUAUCGUCAUCCAACACUUUUUCUAAUUUUACCUGUAUUGAUAACUACCGUAAUUCCGUUUGGUUUGAUAUGGUUCUUCCCGAUUAAAUUGUCACAAAAUGCUGAGAUUGGUUUCGAUACAAAAGACACCGAUCUAUCGGGUCCCCGACUGGCAUGGUCUCGUAUUCAACCAAGUUUAAUGUUCAGCAAUCGAAUUGCAUUUUCAAAUCCACGCCCAAUUGAUACAGAUGUUCAACAGCCAUCUGCUCACCCAGUCAGUACAAAAAGAAAUAAAAGAAGUUGGGCUGAUAAUUUAUUGUCAGCUAUUAAUCAAGUUGCUUGUUAUGAUUCUCCAAUACCAUUGAUGGAUCAUCUUUCUCAAUUCAUUCUUGAAGUACCAAAUUACGAUGCAAUAUUUAAUUUGAAAUUUCUGGAUAAAUUGUGUCAAAUGCAAUCAAAUAUCUCAAAACCAUUAUCUCGGUUUGAUGCUUUCACUCCGUAUCGAAAUAUUUGGAGUGUUGCCAAUAUGUUUGCAUGUAUUUCACCAAACUUGAGAGUCAAUUGCACAGAACUUGAUGAGUCGGAUAUAAAAAUUGUGCGUAAAACAAUUGAUAACUGCUGGAAGUAUCGUACUCAAAUAUUUGAAUGCCGAGAUGAAAAGUGUCAAGGACAGUGUGCCACGUGUAGAGAGUUACCAGAAAAUUGUUCAUCUCAAAUAAUGUAUGAUCUUUUCUAUAGACUUCUUCCAAAACAAAGAGAUGAUACUCCAUUUCUUGUGAAUACAUUUCUUCCGGUUUUUACAUUAACUGGAUAUAUCACUCAAAAUAUUCCAGUUAAUGUUAUUAUUUACGAUGAUCUUGAAACAUCGAUUAUUGAUUAUUCAAAGAAAAAUAAAUUUCAUUUGAAAGGUCUAUUAAUGGAUGUGAAAAGAGAUCGCCUAUUGGCAGCAGCUCUUCGUGAUUCAAUGCUUGCUCUUUUGGCUGCUGGAUUAGUUAUGAUUGUUGUCGCAGUUCAUUCUCAAUCACUUCUUUACGCCUUUGUCGUUAUUUUACUUUUGGCACUUUCGGUUGUAGGUGCACUUGGAGUAUAUAGUUUGUUUACUGAUGAAUUUCCUCUACUCAAUCUUGUAACUUUUGUGCUCUUAAUUGCAAUUGGUUCCGAUGAUGCUUUUCUGCUGAAAUCGAAUUUUCCAAAACAUUUAAAUGAAGAUACUUUUCAUACGUUUCUCUCUCACACUUCAUUCACAAUGUUCCUGACAUGUUUUUCAACGAUUGUGCCAUUCUUCAUCAAUAUCACAUCAAAUGUCAUUGUUUUUCGAUGUUUCGGACUGUUUGCUGGUGUUACAGUAAUUUUCAAUUAUUUCAUGGUAGUUUCAUUUUUGCCGGCAUUUUUGUUAAUCCAAUACAGACAUUUCGACUGUUUCACUGGUUUCAAAUUUCCAUAUCGAUCAGUUUUAUCUCAUUUGCUGUAUGUUUUGUUGCCACAUGUACUUGUUCAGGGUCGAUACGUCCUAAUAUCCCUUUUAUCAAUAGUGGCUAUUGGUGGUGCAGCUAUCACUUAUCAGGGUCUUCAUUUGCCUGAAUAUAAUCCGCUUCAACUUUUUACUUCUGAUAAUUUACACGAAUGGUACGAUAACAAUGCUGAAAGGAAUUUUGAAUUUGUGUCUGCCAAGAUUGCUCUUCCACUAACUUCACGAUUAGUUUGGGGAGUCGAACCGAUUUAUUCGCUUUCAACUUUUCGUGCGAAUGCCACAUCACCUCUGAGAUCCGAUCCAAUAUUCUCAUUGAAGACAGCGGGAGACGUUCGGAAAUUGGCGAGAUUUCUGGGAACUGCUAGGCAAUUACCAUUUGUGAAUCAUCAACCAAAGUUUUGGCCAGAACGAUUUUUGGAUUGGUCUGACAAGUAUCCAUGUGCAAGAGGAUUCCUCUGCUGCAAUAUGACCAAUCCAUUAUUCUCUGAUUCAUACUUGGACUUUUGUCUUCGAAACUCCACAUCUUUCCUUGCCACGUCAUACAACGACACACCAAUUUUUGAUAAUAAAACAUUCGCAUUUGUUGGAUAUACAGCAAUGCUUCCAACUAGUUUGAAGUACAAUCAUCGAUUCAAACAAUUGUCAAAAUCGUUCGAAAUGCUUGAAAUGACAAAGCCUGAUAAUGGAUGGUGGGCUCCUGAAUGGUGGCUUAUGAGCACAUGGUUCGAUCUUCUCAGUUCAAUAGUACAAGAUUGUUUGAGUUCUGUUGUUGGAUCACUUGUUUUUGUUGCAAUAUUUGCAUUUAUUCAACUGAAAUUUCAAGCAUUCGCAGCUGUUGUGACAAUAGCUUGUGUAAUAUUUACAUCAUCAGCUAUUGUAACCCUUCUUGGUUGGGUACUUGGAGUACUUGAAGCUGUUAUUCUUGUACUUGUUGUCGGAUUAUCAUUCGAUUAUACUCUACAUUAUGGAGCUGCACUUCCCGAACAUGGAUGUGCAGAGCAUAGAAUACGAGAAGCUACUUCGAAAGGUGUAGGACCUGUUACAUUGGCUGCAUUCACUUCAUUUUUAGCUGGAGCUUCAAUGUUACCAGCGUUGACUCAUGCGUUCUAUCAGGUUGGUGUGUUCCUUGUUGUAAUAUCCAUAACUUCAUGGACAUUUUCAACAUUUUUCUAUCUUCCAAUGCUCUCUCUAACACUUCCUAACCAAUCUGGAAUAUGCCCUUAUUGUGAAAAAACCAAUCUAAUGCAUUUAUCACCUCGGAGUUAAUCUAAAUUUUUAAGAUUUCUAUUAUAUAUUUAUUUUCCAUUGUGAUUCCCUCGAAUCGGGUAAUUUUUGUAUUGUCGGGUUUUUGGACCAUUUCAAGUUUUUUUCCACGAUGUCUUUCAUUCCUCCUCUUUUCUAGUUAAUUAUUACUGUAAAUAAACUUUUGAAAAAUUUCAAUUUUUGAAGAUCC